CAAGAUGGCGGCGGCGGUAGCGUCCCGGAGGCCUUGGUGGCUUCCCGGCUGCUGAGGGGGCUCCGCGUGGCUGGCGGCGAACAGGCCGGACCGAGAGCCGGCGGGCGAGCGGCCGCCGCCCUUUCACGGCCCGCGCGGCCGAGGCUGGGCCGUGCGGCGGCGCCGGGGGAUGGUCCUGCUGGGCCGGGCCUCUCCCUCCUCAACUUAGGGCGGCGGCGGGCCCGCGCCCCGGACUCCCCGCCAUGGCCUUGAGAGAGCUCAAAGUUUGUCUGCUGGGGGAUACAGGUGUAGGUAAAUCAAGCAUCGUGUGGCGGUUUGUGGAAGACAGUUUUGAUCCGAACAUCAACCCAACAAUAGGGGCAUCUUUUAUGACCAAGACUGUCCAGUACCAAAAUGAGCUACAUAAAUUCCUAAUCUGGGAUACAGCUGGACAAGAACGAUUCCGAGCCUUGGCACCAAUGUACUACCGAGGGUCAGCUGCGGCUGUUAUCGUUUACGACAUCACAAAAGAAGAGACAUUUUCAACAUUAAAGAACUGGGUGAAAGAGCUCCGACAGCAUGGCCCACCUAAUAUUGUAGUUGCCAUUGCAGGAAAUAAGUGUGAUCUUAUCGAUGUCAGAGAAGUCAUGGAGAGAGAUGCCAAGGACUACGCUGAUUCCAUUCAUGCAAUUUUUGUAGAGACCAGCGCAAAAAAUGCGAUAAACAUAAAUGAACUCUUUAUAGAAAUUAGUCGAAGAAUUCCGUCCACUGAUGCCAACCCACCUUCUGGCGGCAAAGGCUUCAAACUCCGAAGACAAACGUCGGAGCCAAAGCGAAGCUGCUGCUGACGAGCCAGCCACACAGUAGGUGGUGGUGAGUGUUCGCAGGAGGGCUGGGCCUCGCUGCCCAUGUCCACCUGGCACUCUUGAGUCGUCUUUAUGCAAAAGGACUUCGAGAUUGACCGUUCCCUUCUCCCUUUGAAGACAGGUGUGGUGGAGUUUCCACAUGUGACUUAUAGUAUGAUAAGACCCUCUGAUGUGCAAAGGGACCCUGGCGUCCUUGGCUUUUGACCUUGGUGAAGGGACAUCUGGUUGUACGGAUGACAGGAUUCAAUUGCUGGGUAGUUUUGUAAUCAAGAUAUUAUGUAACAUUUGUAAAGGGAAAAUUAGCACUUUUGUGGUUCUUGUUGGGGAACAAGCCUUUGUGAAGAUUGUAAUUUCCUUCGUUUCCAUUGCCACUGUUAGAGGAAGUUGUGUCAUUUAAAAUGUGAUAGGACAGUACAGGUGGGGGAGUGGCUAUUGCUAUUUGAAGCUGAAAUGGAUUAUUUACAGGACCAAUGGGAACAGCUUCUUACCCACCACAUCAGGAAGCACUUGGGUUGUGGUUCUACCCAGUGGGUCAGCAGCCAGAGCAGCCUUGCCCACCUCACCCUGGGUUUGUGCUGACCCUGUCAUGUAUGUGUCACCAUACAUAUUAUUGGCACCUUCUAAAAGAAACUCAUGAUCAAGGUGCUGGUGGUAGAGAAGCGGCCUGGAGUACAUUGAGCUAUGCUAAGCUGCCUAGCAGUGGUUUAAAAGGGAGAAUGAGAAAAGAACAUAGUGUAAAUGCUGUCAGUUUCCUGUUUAACCCAAGUAAGUAUUUUGGAGGGAAAGCAAGUAUCUGUUGCUUAGCAUAUGUAAAGUUGUAGUCUGUAUUUAUGAGACCAUUGCUUAAAGAUGAUAAAUUAUGUAAAUACAUUAAUAAAUUCUACAUUUCAUUCAACACUCCAUUUAAUCUUGCACCCAGUCUUGCGUAUGCCCGCCCAUCUUUCAGCCUGUCCACAGGAGACCCUGAAACACAUUUAUGUAGUUCAGAGGCAUGGAGCACUUAGCUUAUCUUUCUAGCCUUCCCUGCCUCUCCCCCAUCUCCUUCCCUGCACAUCCCAUCUGGAAAUGUUAAUGAAGACAUAUGCCACUUUGACAAGCCUGACUAGUCCUUCCUAGCCGGAGGGGAAAGAAUAAACUCCAAGCCUGGUCCUGGUCCUGGUGCUGAGCCUCUGGGCUUUUACAGAGACCUCAGCCCAACUGUUUUAAGAGUGCUCUCCUUGUUAACAAUUUAGCUUGUCUUUCGUUUCCUUUAUUUUCCCCUGCCUCUGUUAGUGGUUAACACUCUUUUCCCUCAGGGAGCCUAAUGAGGUUUUUAAUAUAAUCUAAAAAUAAAGCACUGAAGAGAGGUUGGUGAAAAUUUGUUCCUGGUCUAAUUUGGCACCCUUCCAACCUGCGUAUUGUAAGGGAAGGAAAUUUACAAGAUUAAAUAGGAAAUGAAGCAGCUUGAAUUUCAAACUAAAUUGUGUUUUCAGAGCUAUCCUUGACUGAACAGUCCAAACUUUUAGAAAUCAAUGUUAUUUUUUUGCAGCCCCUACUUGAAAUGGAUAGAUUUUUUUUAAUGAAGAAAUUAUAACUGCAAUUGAGUUUGAAGACCUCUUUCCCGAUUGUAUAUAUGUAGCACCUGAAAUUAUUUUAUUCAUAUUGAAACCAUAUAGACAGAAUACAGUUAGUAAAAAUUCUAACAAUGUUUUGUGUGAAAUUCAUGCAGACUUCAGUCUUCCUAGCAUCUUGCUUCUAACCCAGCAUUCAAACAGUAAACAUCUGGAAAAUAUUCCCACUGCGCUCCUUAUACCCACCUGAAGGUGACUUGAUUUGAUUUUAUAUACCUUCACAGCCCCAGGGCAUCCAGCCGCUGCCCUAGUAUAUGCCAGCAUUCUUAUUGCUGGUCCUCUUUUCUCCACAACAACAAAAUUAAGAAUGGGGGGGCUGCUUGACUCAUUAUAGACAAAGCAACAUUGGUUGCAGGGGAAAGAGUCUGUCCUAUUUCACCAAAAAAUGACACAACUCCAUAACCUUUGUCAAUAGAUGCAGGUGAUCAAGUUGCUUCUUGGUGCCCAGGUAAGCAGGGUCUUGGGAAUCUCACGCCAGUGCCUCUAAUGCCACUGUGAUGUUGCACUGCAUUGAGCCCUGUGGGCCACUCCAUCAGGUCCUGACAGCUGGUGUCUGGCUUGUUUCUCACACUUCUGCCCAUAGGACAGGUGACAAGGCACUGUGCUCCUGCAUUUCUUGGACCUCUUCUCUUCUUCCACAUUUCCUUUGGCCUACCACAGUAGAUACCUAUUUCAGACCCAUAACCCAAACUCCAUGAAAUACAAAGGCACAUAUUUAAGUGAGGAGCAGUGCUUUGCUUUGAAUACAUUUUGCACGAACCUAAGUAAUGAUCUCUAAUAUCAAUUUUGUAUUUUCUUUCUUAAUGCUUAAUGAGAAAAGGCUAGACUCCCAAGGAAAUGAGACAAACCCCAUCCAUAAAAAUCGUUUGGUUUCCUUAUGACGCAGGACCAUU